AUGGCAAUCCGCUUCGUCAUCCAUGCAAGCGUUCCUCAGUCGAUGGAGGCAUUCUACCAGGAAGCAGGCCGUGCAGGACGAGAUGGCAAACCAUCAAGAUGCAUCAUGUAUUAUGACUACAAGGACGUACUUGACUGGAUAAGCAUCACCAGCAGCAAAAAAGGAGAACUGGAUUCGGGUACAUGCGAAGACCUGCAGAAAGUUGUCAAUUACACAGAAGACGAUGCGACUUGUCGACGCGUCCUCAUCCUUCGGCAUUUUGGCGAAAACAAUUUCGACCCCGCGGCAUCCGGAGAAAAGAAUAACGCUGGGCAUCACGCCGUUAACCUCAUGAAGUUGCUCGAAGAAACACAGCACAGACCGACUUCCGUAGCACAGCUACAAGCAGCGUACAGGGGUAGUUCCGGCAAGAUGCUCACCAAGGACUACGUCGUUGCUGUCAUCCACCAGCUUCUCAGCAAACAAGUCUUCCGUUGCUAUCUACCAGAGAGGCGGACAGCUGAAGGCAGAAAUUCGUUUGCCAGUGGUCGUAUGGCUCUUUGCUUGAAGAUCGGACCAAGAGCUGACCAUUUGAAGGAGCUAUCGAUUCUGGUGUACGACAAUAUACGCAUGGAUAAGUCUAAACCUUCCAGAGCAAGCAAGCGCCAAAUGAAAGUAGAAUCGGGUUCUGAAUCUGAAUGGAGCAGUUCCUGA